AUGUCAAGACGAUCUGUAAAUCUUUGUCAAGAUGAAAUUUCCAUUCGUAAUGAUAAUAUUCGUUUUGCAUUUAUGUUUAUUCUAUUUACAUUACUUUCAUCUUUAACAACAACGGUUCUACUUAUUUUUGCUCAUAAUUCUUAUCAUGUGAAAUCUCACAUAUCUCAACAUCGUUUUAUACAUUAUAUCAUACUUGCUACAAUUAGUCUUUUUUUAUUUGUUAUAUUCUUUAUUGGUUCACUUGUUUAUACAAGCAGAUCUAUACGACAUGUAUCUGUUAAAUUAUCAUCAAAUUUCUCAAUGCCUUUAACAUCUACACUAUCGAAAUCUUCAUUUUCCAAUGAAACUAAUGAUCCAACAAUAAUUAAGACAAAAAACAUAUUCUACGAUUAUUAUCAGACUGAUGUAUAA